CUGCCCGUUGGGACGGCAUCCGUACGAGCUCGCGCAGGCUUUUGAAUUGCCCUUUUCUUUCGUGAAUAUUUUUGCCUUCUCCCUUAGUGUAUCCAUCGCAUUCGGCGCACUGUUAUUGCAGCGAGACCGGACAAUAAGCACGCUCGAGCCGGGGCGAGCGAAGAGAUAUGGGGGCUGUUUGCGCGGCGUGGAAUGGGGCGGUGACCGCAUCGUUGCUGUUCCUCCUGUCCUCCGCCGCGUACCGCAUUUAUAACCCUGCAGUACCUCCCCUCCCCACUCCCCCUCUGUGCCGGGCUCGCAGUCGGUGUCCCCUCCCCUCCUGCCCCGCGCGCCCAACUUACCGCGGCGCGCAGUAACGCCCCCUUUACUAUUACUUAAACUCUCCCUCGGAUAUAUGCUGCUGCUGCUGCGGCUGCUGCUGCUAUUCACGCUGCGGAAGCAUUGGAUCCGGUGAGUCGCCAACGAUAAUGGCGGCCGCGGACCCGCGAGCGACGAUGACGACGCCGCCGAGCCCGAAGUCGCCGCCCAGGUACCCGGAUCUCUGCGGCCGGCGGAGGCUGCUGCUCGAGGUGCAGAUCUUGAACCGGGAGAUCGGCUUCCUUGAGCAGGAGGAGUUACAAUCGCUUGAAGGACUUCAACCUGUCUCACGGUGCUGCAAGGAGGUCAACGAAUUUGUGGGGAUAAAACCAGAUCCUCUAAUACCUAUAAAUAAGAAGAGACACAAGUCUUGUCGCAUUUGGAGGUGGCUUGGAUCGAAACUUUGCCUCUGCUUCUCAUGGAUGUGCUGCUCCAGCGGAAGCUUGCUAGAGCUCAAAAGACCGAGCUGCAAAUGCCCAUGCUCAAAGACUAGCAGCUGUUGCCAAAGGAAUUGCAACUGUUACCCAGAGAAUUGCAGCUGUCGCCCAAGUAUCUGCAACUGUUGCCCAGAGAAUUGCAGGUGUCGCGACUGUUUCCCAAACAACUGCACCUGCUGCCCUAAGGACUGCAAAUGCGACUGCUGCCCUAAGGACUGCAACUGCGACUGCUGCCCGAGCUGCGACUGCUGCCCUAAGGACUGCAACUGCGACUGCUGCCCUAAGGACUGCAGCUGCGACUGCUGCCCGAAGAGCUGCGCGUGCUGCCCGAAGAGCUGCCCCUGCUGCCCGAAGAGCUGCGCAUGCUGCCCGAAGAGCUGCAGCUGCUGCCCGAAGAGCUGCGCGUGCUGCCCGAAGAGCUGCAGCUGCUGUCCGAAGAGCUGCAGUUGUUUCCCGAAGAGCUGCGCCUGUUGCCCUUCCGAAUGUGAAUGCCCUUGUUGCCCUUGCUGUGAGGUCCCAUCCUGCAGACCAAGCUGCAAUUGCUGCGAGGGUUUCUUCUGCAAAACACAUGGCAGCUGCCUUGAUGUUUCCUGCUGUAGGCCCUGCUGCAAUUGCUCGGAGCUUUCCUGCUUCAAGUCUGUUUGCUGCAAUUGGGGUGUUUCAUGCUUCAAAUCCCAAUGCUGUACCAGGGGAUUUUCCUGCUCCAAACCACGUUGCUGUGGUUGGGGUUUUCCUUGCUCCAAACCACGAUGCAUCCUUCCAAGCGUCUCCUGCCCUGAGUAUUCCUGUGGCUGUAUCUGGUCCUGCCCAAGAUGUACAGAGGUACGCCUGUGCCCAAGAUGCUCUAAAACUUGCUGUCGUAGUGGAUGUCUAUGUUAGGUUAGAUCAUGGCAUUGUAUUCCUCUUAGCGUCCAGUUUUUUUGACAUGCAUAUUAUUCUAUUGGAAUUCUGAAUCAUAAUAUAUUUGAAAUUAAAAUUUUUGUCCUGUUAUCAAUAUCACAAUGUUGCUAGAA